AUGCCCAAGAAUCAUAUCUCUGGAUGCUAUGCUGUGGCUCCCUUGUCAAUAACCCAGACUCAUUUCAUGGCUUGCAAGAGGCUGUUGUCCAGCCAAGGAUCCUUCUAUCAUGCUUCCAGCCAAAACUCUCGGAAGUUCCUGGAGGAUGAUGAAGAUUGGGACCUCAAGGAAAAAAUCAUACAGGAAGGUCAUAAACUCCCAUCUGGUCCAGGGAUUGUCACUGUAGACAUGGUCAGAGACCAAGAGGAUGACAAGCCUAUGGAUGCUGCAGCAGUCAAGACUCAAUUCUCACCUUUUGAUGUCACUCAGAAGUUGUUUAAAGAAGGAAUUGGGAAGUAUGAUAAGAAGCACCAUGACAUCUCUGACCUGAGGUCCAUGGGGACAAGGACAAAGCUUAUCCAGUCCUGGUACAAUGCCCUCUCACCAGAUGUGCUUGAGGAGCUCAGACUUGUGGCUGAAAAGUGGAAUGAGGAAGGUGCUCAUUCUGAUGUCAAAGACAGAUACUGUAGCCAACACCAGAAGAAACUUAUGGAGGAUUUCAUAAAGAUGGCAGGAAGAACUAUGGGUUUACAUCUUGUGAUUCUUGCAGCUCAUGAUCAAGGGGAGGGAAAAAUGCCUGGAACAACCAUCUGGGAAUCCUGUCCCAGGAAGUUGAAUAAAACUUUCACCCUCACAUCCAAAGAAAAUAAAAAAUGGGCAGGAGAGUCUCAAGACUGCCUUGCUGACUGGCUGACUGAAGCAGAGUACAACAUCUGCCUGGUGUCCUUCACUGCUUUGAAGGAACUAGAGAACUAUAUCAUCAGAUCUUGUGGUUUGGGUAUGAUUGUUGUCCUUGUCCUUGGACUCCUCCUUCAUGAGUGUCACUGUGCUCAGGAGUAUGAAGCAGAUAAGGCCAGAGAUGAUGUACCUGACUAUUUGGGCACCUCCAUCCUUGGCAUUCAGGUAGGGGAGAAGAUUGAGGAGGCAAUUACUAGAAUUCAGGUGAAGGUGAAGGCAAUGCUGCCAGAUGAUCAUGAGAGGCAGAUAGAGGAGGCAGGCAGAGCAGGCAAGGGUUGCUGCAGAGAAGAAGCUGCUGAGGAGAAGAGGGCUGCUGAGGAGGCUUGCAUGGCUAAGGAGAGGGCUGCCACAUUAAAGAAGGCAAGUGGUACUAAAGCUGGGGGAAAAAGAAAGGGUAAGCAGCCAGCAACAGAUGUGAAUGAUUCACCCAUGAAAAAGAUGAAGACAGGUCCUUCAACAGCACAUGAAGGGACAGUAGUCCCACAUGCAAUUCCAAAGCCUCACUCAGUCAAGCUGGCGAAAAUUGGUACACUGCUGACAUCAUGA